GCCUCUCUGUCUUUGGAAAAAUCCAGAAAUAUAAUUUCCUCUUUAUAAGUGCCCUCAGAUCCAUCCUUCUAACCAUUCAUUCCUCUUCCAUUUUUUUACUCUGCACUGCACUAAACAAUCAUGUCAACAAUCAAAGUUCAUGGAAGCCCCAUCUCAAAUGCAACCAUGCGAGCCCUUGUUGCCCUGUAUGAGAAACAGCUUGAAUUUGAGUUUGUUCCCACUGACAUGCGCAACGGUGAACACAAAAAGGAACCCUUCCUUUCGCUCAAUCCUUUUGGUCAAGUUCCAGCGCUUGAAGAUGGAGAUUUGAAGCUCUUCGAAUCAAGGGCCAUAACAAAAUACAUAGCUUACGAGUAUGCUGAUAAGGGAACAGAGCUGCUAAGCAAAGACUCCAAGAAGAUGGCGGUAACCACGGUGUGGCUAGAAGUCGAGGCCCAUCAUUUCGAUCAACCAUCUUCAAAACUGGCGUUUGAGUUGGCGUUCAAGCCUAUGUUUGGGAUGACUACGGAUCCUGCAGUUGUGGAAGAGAAUGAAGCCAAGCUGGCUGGUGUUCUUGAUGUCUAUGAGAAAAGAUUGUCUGGGUCCAAAUACUUAGCAGCUGAAUGCUUCACCUUGGCAGAUCUGCAUCACAUUCCUAACAUUUUCUACUUGAUGAACACACAGAGCAAGAAGCUGUUUGAAUCAAGGCCUCAUGUGAAUGCUUGGGUGGCUGAUAUCACAGCAAGACCAGCUUGGUCUAAGGUCGUUGCCAUGUUACCUCCUAAGCCAUGAAUAGUGAGGAAGAAGGCCUUUCAGGAUUGAUGGUGUUGUUGGAUGUUCUCUGAGACCUCAAAGAUGGCCAUUUAAGUUCAAGAAGUACUUUUGCUUUUGUGGGUUGUACCAUGAAUUGACUUGUUUUUGUUAAGUCUUAAUAAUGUAUUGUGUGUUAAGGGGACAGAAUUCUCUGUCCCAUUUGGUGUUUUUCCUCUCCUAUGAAUAAAAAUGCGUGAUGUUAUUUUAAAA